CUGGUCAUUGCAACGUCCACAUAAUUCAUUUUUCGAACCACCAUGCUGUCCAUUGUUUACAACAGCAAAGAGCGUCAAUAAUCGCUGCCCUCCACGGUGGUUGAAAAGGCCUGCUUGGAUUGGAUAAUCUACAGAACUAAUUUUGAUUCCCAACGAAUACGUCUCGAUCUGAGCCGCGCUUGCAUCGAUCCAUUGCAGGCUCCCAAUUGUUUGGGUGCAAAGGGGAAUUGUGUGUUGAUCUGGACCCCACAGCCUAACAUGGCUGGAGAAGCAUCGUCUGAGGCGCCAGGUGCAUGGCCCACCAGAGAUAUCAUUUAUGUCUCGAUUCUCGGUCCACUAUUGCUUGCAGCUUUAUUGGAGUGGUUCCUAUUCCUUGCAGCUUUUAUUUACUGUCUGAUCAAGGUAUAUCAAAAGGCAGAUCACUGGAGUAUUCGAGUUCUCGCAGCCAUCAUGGCAGUCCUCUUCACAAUUUUGAGAGGCAUCUUCCUUCCGGUUAUGAUCGCAAUUCUCCCAUUACCACCCCAAAUUACGCAGUUUUUCCCCCGUCAAGUCGUGUCCGUGUUUCAGUGGUUCGCAUUUUGGGCAUUUUCAGCGCUUCUUAUUGUACCUUGGCUGUUUUGUGUCAACAGAUUCGUUAUUCACUCUUUGGGGAGAACCAAGCGGGUCAAGGAGGCCCUGGACGACCGCACUGCGCCCAAGACCGUCAUCGUCAUGCCAGUAUACAAAGAGGAGCCCCACGUCCUGAUAAAGGCGAUUGACUCGGUCGUUAAUAGUGAUUAUCCAAGUUAUUGCAUUCAUGUGUUUCUCUCUUACGACGGGAGUAACAUCGAUGAGCCUUACCUCCAAAUGAUCAGCCAUCUUGGGAUCCCGAUAUCGUUGGAAAGCUAUCCGCAGAGCAUCGAUGUAACAUACCAAGGGGCGAGGAUUACCGUGUCAAGGUUCAAGCACGGUGGCAAACGGCAUUGCCAGAAACAAACCUUCAAGUUGAUUGAUAAGGUCUAUGCCGAUUAUCUUAAACGCCAUGAUGACCUCUUUUUGUUGUUUAUCGACUCGGACUGCAUCCUUGACAGACUCUGCCUGCAAAACUUCAUGUAUGAUAUGGAACUGAAGCCGGGAAGCCAACACAACAUGUUAGCAAUGACGGGCAUCAUCACUUCCACCACCGAGAAAAACUCCCUAAUCACCGUGUUACAGGAUAUGGAAUAUAUCCAUGGACAGCUUGUUGAGCGUACCGUGGAGUCUGGUUGCGGCGCUGUAACCUGCCUUCCAGGCGCGUUGACAAUCUUACGAUACUCGGCUUUCCGCAAGAUGGCCAAGUACUACUUCGCGGAUAAAGCUGAGCAAUGUGAGGACCUCUUUGACUAUGGCAAGUGCCACCUGGGAGAAGAUCGCUGGUUGACGCACCUGUUCAUGAUCGGAGCAAUUGAACGCUACCAGAUUCAGAUGUGCACUAGUGCCUUUUGCAAGACAGAGGCGGUUCAGACUUUCUGUAGUCUUCUCAAACAGCGGCGUCGAUGGUUCCUUGGUUAUAUCACUAACGAAGUGUGCAUGCUGACCGACGUCAGGCUAUGGAGACGAUACCCGCUUUUGUGUCUGGUGCGUUUCAUGCAGAACACAAUUCGGACAACUGCAUUGCUGUUCUUCAUCCUAGUAAUCUCCAUCAUCACAACUUCCAGCAAGAUCAGAAACCUACCUGUCGGCUUCAUCGCAGUUUCCUUGGGACUCAAUUAUAUACUCAUGGUUUAUUUCGGCUUGAGACUCAAACGCUUCAAGGCAUGGCUCUAUCCCUUGAUGUUCAUCUUGAAUCCUUUCUUCAAUUGGCUCUACAUCGUGUACGGAAUAUUCACCGCUGGCCAACGAACGUGGGGCGGGCCUCGAGCAGAUGCCGCGAAAGCUGAUGAACAUACUACCCCAGAGGAAGCGGUCGAAAAGGCCAGGGUUCAAGGGGAUGAACUGAAUGUUCAGGUGGAUACCUUUCGAGCCAAAGCUGAGGAGAAAGGUGUCCCAAUCCGCCCUUCAUCCAAGGUUAAUGGGCGCCUCUCGGCGGUUCCACAGAUCCCGGAUCGUUACUAUGACCGUCAAAGUGCACUGGGGAUCAGCCUUGCCAAGUACAUGACGCCCCUUCCAGACGUACCCCGAAUCGGACUCCAUCCGCAUUACUCACUUGACUCAGUUGCGACGUCAGACUCCGGAGCCAACUCAAUUGCCUUACCCCAGAAUGUGGAGACCUUGAUCAGUGCAGAGGAAGGGGCCAACCUUUACACCGCUCGCCAGGGGCAGGAAUCGACUGGACCUCUGCAAAGCACGGAUGCUAGCCCUGAGACGGACAAUGCCGGAUAUGAGUUACAUCAUAUGGAUUCGGCAGCCAGUGUUACGGGCCACAAGCCUUGUGGACCGUCAAAUGUACCGGAGUCAGGACCGCGGCAACCAAUGGCUGUUCCUGCUCCUGGAGAUAUGGCUGAGCACCAUGCGACGGCCGGAAGUCCCAGAGACUUGCAACGGUCAAGAAACAACCGUUCUAGUCGAAUUCCAAAGAGGAAAUCAAUGCAACCGGAACAAAUGGUUUAAACCCGAAAGUAAUGCGCUAGACUGUCUCUGAUAAUAUAAUGAAGAUGGAGACUACUAGAGAAGUCGGCCGAGGUUGGCUGACCGCAGUAGACUCUGUCUCAAACACUCAUGUGUAACUACUUAUUCGCCUCUCAUUCAGUUAUGGCUCACAAGCCCUUGCUUACUCGCAUCCAUUGUACGCAAAUAAUUCAUGCAGCAUCGGCUUUGUUUAUAUCCCACUCUGCUUCAAAGCGAUGGAUCCUUCUACUUCCCACUGAUGCAGCCAGCAUCAGCUAGUCAAAGGAAAGGUGCCAAAAUGCAGAUACAAUUACC